AGCAGUUAAAUUAUGAACUCUUUUUAAAUCUGGUUGGUCGGUUAGUAGUAGCUUAGAUCAAAAGCAGUAUUUAGUCCGAAGGAAACAAUCACUCGAGGAGUAGCGAUUUCAAAGGUAACUUCUAAUAAAAGAAAUGGAACCAAAAUGAUCUGGUCAAGGUUGUGUUAUGGAUACGAUGUAUCGAUGGCCCAUGCCUCGAAGGCAAUAUAUAUAUAUCCCGCUUGGUGUAACAUAGAUUCAUUUGUUUCUUUUAUCUAUAUUGAAAACAUAUUUAAUUUUAUAAGAUCUAUAGCCCUGCAACUGGCACUCGUUUAACCCCAAAGAAACAAGGGUCGUUAUUACUCCGGAAAAUUGUGGAUAACUCCUACGGGCACAGACAUAACAAGCACAACCAAUUUUAAUUUGCGUGCAUGUACUUAGUGGUCUGAGUAACUGCACGGGAGUUUCCGCCACUUUCCUAGAGAUAAAUUUCGAGUUUCGCGCUGUGAAUGAACGCAGGCAGCGACAAUAUUUGUGGUUUUACCCCUCAAUCUUCAAGUAUGUAGUGGUUUGAAAAUCUUGUUAUAGUAAUUAAAGUUCGACUUUUCCACUGAUGCAACCCCGUCAGAAACCGCUUCCUAAAGAAACAUUUUACAUAUCGUACACUCCACCUUUAACUACUCAGUCUGUACUAGCGACUGUAUACGAGUUACUGAUCAUAGGGUGAAAACUUUAAGUUAAUUAUCUUCCCAUUCCAUUUAAUAUUAGCCCACUUGUAUUCAGGAUGUGCGACGCACACUAACUUAAUUUCGCGUUACUGAAGAAUGAGAGACAUUCAGUGGUUGACUUCACUUCAAAAGUUUCCUAACUGACUCACUUUCAGAAAUUUCAGAUAUGCUUAAUCACUAUCUAAUUUCGAAUUGAUUAGGUAAAAGACAUGAAUCUCUCGUGCAAAAUGUAAUGAAUGUAAUCAACCUUGAACUACUACAAAAAGGAGUUUUCCUGAACUGGGGCGGGAGUGAUGUGCUAUCAUUUUAACUUGUAGCUGAAAAAAUGGCGUCGAUGAAACAGUGUUAGAGCUGAGAAUGGACUAAAUCUCUGAAAAUACUGGUUCUUCUCUGUUUCCUUACUUCUGAACAAUACUUGUAAAGUAAAAUUAAAUUUUCUGAACUGAUGGCGUCUAGUACCAGCUUAGAGCUUGAUGAACUUUGGAUGAUGAUACCAACUGUAUUCUUCGCUAAGACAACUGAAACGUCGCCAACUAUAAUUGUAAACAUGUCAAUUUUACGGAGAGCUGGCAUUGCAAAUUGUAAUCCAGCUCGUUAACACGUGAAUCGUCGCGUCAGCGAUACAACGGUGUUGCAUCUAAAGAACGUUCCAACAAAUCCAAAUAAAUCUGGCUAUCUACAUUUAUUAAAAAGAAGAUGAAUCAUGAUCACACCGGGGUGGCAAUUUAAUUUUUUCGCAAUACCGUUUAUCUCAUACCGCUGCCGUAUAAUGCGAUCAUUGAUGCCUAACAGACACACAGCAUACUUAACAUAUUUUCCACUAAGACGCAGGUCGUAUUUCUUACCACAGCUUGCUUCGUCAACGAGCUGUUUAGUCUGUUCUCUAUUUUUAUGUUAUUAUAAUUAUUAUUUUUGUUUUUCUUGAGAUAGUACCUUAAAGCACAUUGACUUCAUACUUGGAAUAUCGUUUUGGUAAAGUCGAUCCGUCAUGACAAUUCUCUUUAACAAGAUUAUAACUUUAAGAGGUUUUCAGCUCGAGCUAAAAUAAUUAUCCCUUUGAAAAGGCAAUGUGUAAAUAUUGGAGCUAUAAACUACCAACACCGAAGAAACAUAUUAAGAACCUAUGCGAGUGAUAUAUGAUUUAUCCAUGCACGUUAAAAUAUUUCCUUAGUGGCAAUCCAGUGAGAAAAGUUACCACGAUCCAUAUGCAUUAUUUUGAUGGAAUAAUAUUACGGCAGGGAGAAAAAGCAAUAAAAGACCUAAAUAAAAAAAAAAGGAUAAAUGUCUAUUAAAUCCAUUUGGAAAGUUAAAGCUGCUACCAUGCCAGUUAAUGUUUUUCCCAAUGCCUUUUUAGUCAUAGACGAAGCAAACAUCAGCUGGUUCCUUAAAAAUGUGCCGAAAUAUAGUUUUGAAACAUUCAGAUAUGCACGUGCAGCGUUAUAUUCCAAGCUUAUGUGGGUCGUGAACCGAAUAAAGCUCUCACUAAUAAUCCAGCGAUGUCACCUCACGGCAAUUCCAUUCUUUAAGUGCGUUAUUUUUAUCUGUUCAGUGCAUCGAACACAUUCUCGGCAUAUCAUUUAACCUCAUGCCAGAUCGUUCAAUACAUAUGUCGUCAGUUGUUGUUACCAAAGAUUUAUCGUUUCAAUGAGAAGUCGCUGAUCUGUAAUUGAUGUUUCAUGAGUAAUCCUGGUCUUAAAAGAACUCGCAAGAAUUCUAACUAGACAACGAAGUGUCAGCGGAGACGCACGGAAUCUUUCAAUCAGAAAUGUGUCCAGAGUUGGAGUGGCCCUUCAGCGCGUGGACGCAAAACUCUAUUUUACUGUCUGGAGUUGCGAUCAUAGCCCUCGGCCUCGCUUCCUCCUUCGCAUAUGUUCUGGGCAAAGCCUACAUCCAAGUACGAAACUUUGAUGGUCCACCGUGCCACUGGAUCAAGGGACACAUUGAUCAGGCUACAUUUGAUGGUCAGGGCCUGAAGUUUCACCUGGAAUGUACAGAGCUUUACAAGACUGCCUAUCGUGUUUGGUUUGGACCUUUAAGGUCGGCAGUUGUCCUCUGUCAUCCUGAGACGAUCAAGCCAAUCCUAGCCACAACCUUUAAGGAGAAAACAGUCUGUCAUCUUCUUUCUUCUUUUCUUGGUAUCGGUCUAGGUCUUCAAAAGGGGGAAAGAUGGAAGAGUACAAGACGACUUCUGACACCAGCAUUUCAUUUUCCUAAAGUAGAACCAUACUUAAAGAUUUUCCAAGAGUCAGUAAAAGUCCUGUUGGCAAACUGGUCGUUAUCCACGAAUAGCGAGGUGGAGCUUUUUCACGACAUUGGCUUGUUGACGCUGGACAUAAUUUUGAAGUGUGCCUUCAGUUACCAGAGUGAUUGUCAAGUCAAAAGGCCUGAUUCUUUCAUGACAGCGAUUCACGAGAAUACCCGCGCAAUCAUGGAUAGAUUUUUAAAUCCACUUUACCAUUCAGAUUUUAUCUACAACCUGACUCCCACUGGACGAAAGUUUAACACUAAUUCUGAAAUUGUCGCCCAGAAGGCUGAUGAAAUAAUCAAAAAGAGAAGACAAGCCUUAAUAGAUCAGCCAAUGGAGGAAGCAUUACGGAAAGACGAGCAUUUCGACUUUCUUGACAUCCUUCUCGAAGCCAGGCGUGAGAACGGACAAGCUUUAACAGACGAGGAAAUUCGAGCAGAAGUGAGAACUUUCAUGUUUGCGGGUUUGGACACGGUGACGAGUGCGAUUAGUUGGAUUCUUUACUGCCUGGCACUACACCCUGAACACCAGCAAAGGUGUCGAGACGAAGUUGACUCCAUACUUGAACAAGACAAUGGCCUGCAAAAAGCAGAUCUGUACAAUGUUCCUUACUUGAAGCUUUGCAUCAACGAAGCAAUGCGACUAUACUCUCCUGUUCCAAUUAUCUGUCGCUCAUCGGACAAGCAUUACGAUUUGCAAGGAAGAACUGUUCCUCCAGGUACCUUUUUGUACGUCAAUAUCUUUGCUCUCCAUCGUAAUCCUUACGUCUGGGAAAAUCCAGAGGUUUUUGAUCCCUUACGAUUCAGUGAGGAAAACCAUAAAGGACGACCCCCGCACGCGUUCAUGCCAUUUUCUGCAGGAGUGAGGAACUGCAUAGGACAAAACUUUGCAAUGGCAGAAAUAAAGACAACUCUGGCUAUGAUUCUUCAUCGGUUUGAGCUUACCGUGAGUCAAGAUAAACUGGUGUCAAUGGAUGAUCUGCUUACAGUGCUCGUUUUACGCAGUAAGACUGGAGUGAGAGUUAGCAUUACGCCAAGAAACCACAAUCAUAUUUCACAACCAGUACCUGGAUAAGAGCAUUUGAACGCUGACGGAAUUCGCACUUGCUAAUGAGGCUCGAAGGGCAGGCCAUGGAAUAUUAUACAGUAGCUCAUAGAAACCUUGACGUGCUUUAUAAAGUAAAUACAGUAUAAUUCAGUGGAAAGAAACACAGACAAGGACGACGUACUUGUGAAACAAUUGUUAACUGGAGAGAGAUAUACGGCCUGCGGGUAGAUAAUACUGUCUCGUCGUCAGGCAAUUCUUCACGACCAUAGGGAUGUCUCAGUUAGAAAGCUAUGAAAACGAAUGUUGGCAUGGAAAGUACUAUUGUUAGUUAUUGUGUCAAUAUGACAGGGGAAUUGAAAAGUGCUUCAGCGACAAAAUAUUCGUGCUGUGGUAAUUAUGUAGUGCUAACAUAUUCUCUUAUCGCCCCAGUGAAUUGGGCCUAAUGACCUAUUUAUAUCACAUUAAUUCAGGCCUUCUGAAUCUUUCACUUAGUUGCAUAGCAGGUCGCAAGUCACACCCAACUUCUACCAACCACCUCGCUCGUCGCCACGGAUAUCUUUCGCUCUAAAUCUUGCAAACCAAUUUUCUAAGUUUUGCCCGAGCAGUGAUUAAGAGAGAUUUAAUGGAGUAUAAGAUAUAUAUAAAUAUAGGGAGUAAGGCUUCAAACUUUUUACAAUUUUAAUGCAUCGUAUACAACAACAACAACAACAACAACGCGGUAAGUUGUUUUUGUUUUAGGUACUAUUUAUCUUAUUUGCUUUUUUAAGUUGUAUUUACCUUUUGGGGGUUUCUAAUUAUCAUUACCUUAAAUAAAGUUUUGGUUCAAUGUUCGGUGGCAGAGCAUGAGGAACUAAAUCACAGUCGCUGUGAAUAUAACCGCGUGUCGCGUGUAUUACGUUAGAGAGCAGGAACUGGCUCGUUGGUGGCUUGUGAUCCUUAUUAUUACAUAAAGACCGAGAAGGAGAUACUAAUUUCUUUUUCUUUAGUUAGGAAAAAAACUGCAAGACAAUAAUAUAAAGAUGCGAGCGAGGUUACCUCAACAUAUUUCUUAGUCUUGCGCAAAUGUUACACGUCUCGUCAAUAGCGACGUCGCAGAAUUUUUCUUGAAGUACGACUUCCAUUAAGAAAGUCAUUUUAAAGCAGCAAAACAACAACAACAAAACAGACGGAUAUAGUCUAAAAAUUUGUAAUGCAUGCGGUAUUGAAACUAAAUGCAUGGUUAACGAUGUUAUCAUAAAAGAAUGACACUUGAGAAUACUGAUAUUGAGAGUUUUAUUCGUGUAAUUAUUAUUCAGUUACGAUACUUAAACUCUUAAAUAGUAUAGAUUCCAAGGAAAACGACCGAUUUUUUAAGUUUGAAAGACAUGUUUCGACAGAACUUCUGUCAUCUUCAGUUGAAUGAAUGAUUACAAAGCAGG